AUGGAGAAGGCUCUAGCCCUAGUUCUACUGGUGUCAGCUGCCCUGCUCCUGAGGGGGCACCAGCCGGCGAGCGCUCAGGUGUUCUGCCGCUCGCAGUUCAACCUGGCCAACGAGGCGUGCAGCAUGCGGAAUAUCAUCCCGGGCCCCGGGGUGAGGCGCGGGGGGCUGCCGCGGCAGCAGCAGCUCAACGAGACGACGACGUCCACGUCCACGUCCACGUCCACGGCCGCCGCCGCCACCAGCGGCGUGGUUAGCCAGGGGCUGCAGUCCCGGAGCAGUGGCGACGACGACGACGACGACGAUAGCCACGGCGGGAGGCGGUCCAGGCACCGGCACCAGCACCGGCACAGCGAGGAGGGGGAGGGGUCGGACCCGCGCGACACGGCGUGCUGCCGCAGGCUCAUGGGCCUCGACAACUCGUGCGUCUGCCAGGCCACCGCGCGCCUCCCGCCCUUCAUGAACUCCGUCAGGCACGUCAUCACCCUCACGCCCGUCGAGGGCUGCGAGAUCUCCUUCGAGUGCCCUGGCCCGCUCUUCUAA